AUGGCCCACCAUAAUGAACCCAAAUGGGUCAUUAUAAUGAACCUCACCUGCAAAUCCGACACACAGGAUGAAGACGCGAAGUCGCUGCUGUCAUAUGAUCUAUUUUUGAGUACUUCAUGCAAUCGCACUGGCAAUACGAAUUCAAUAAAAGAAGAACUUUCACAAGGAAGCGAGGCACCCGUGAAAUUGUUCAGAGGGAAUUUGGAGCGCAAGACAGAGCAACAAGCCUCCAUGAUAACUCAUAUCACGAGCAUCAACUCAGUUGCGUCUCAGGAAGUCAUUUACCAGAUGUCUAACCAGAAUCACAUUCGUGCAAGCUCAAGCCCUCAAGUUGUCCCUACAAAUGCUGAUCCAUCUCGUCGGCCAUCCCGCCAGGCUACGCACCUCCCAGCACACGCGACCUCUUCGACACCACAUGCUAGCUAUGCCAACGUCCCCGGAAGUGCAUCAGUGACUCCUUACACUCCACUCGGGUCUUUUUCUACAGGGAUGGGAGUCAACGCCGCUAAUCUUUGGGGCAAUAGAUGCCCUUUGUAUACAACGUCAUUGAAAAUCAAUUCGACAAGUUACUCCAAGAAAGAAGUACUCACUGAAGUGCUCAUUGACACUGGAUCUCCUAACAGGCGGGUAAAUAUGCCUACAGAUUGUUCUAUACUGACUCCCCCCCACAGUUUCGUCUUGGGAAACCGCUACUGUCUUCUUACUAUGGGCAAGCGUCCAGAAGAUGAAAGCACAAUACGACAUUGGCCCAGCCUCAUCCCCAAAGCUCACUGCCCCAUCGAGCACCCAUGGAUCGAUGAACAUGGGAACCUCAAUAUUCAGGCAGAAACUAUCCAAUAUAUGGCUAGGUUUUUUGACAACAAUACUACUUUGAUAUACCUCGAAAAGGACAGAUCCUUUUGGAAGAAAUGGAUCGCAAGGGUGAAACUCUUCGAUUUCAAUCAAUCCACACUUGAUAUCACCAGAGAAGAGCCCAUAAGCAGUUUUUUCGGCAUUGGGGUUGCCCGCACGGAACCUUUGACUGAAGAGCCGUAUACUGGAAUACUAGGGCUCUCAUACAUGGACUUUCAGCCAAACUUUUCUGUGAACAAUAUUCCGUUGAAUGAUAAUAAAUCGGCACCGCCAUCCUUCCUGUCCAUGAUCAGGAACAAGCUCAGUCAAGGCUUAUCUACUGGAGCUCAGGGUGUGGGAAUGUACUUUGUCUGCACGGGAAAGAUAAGUGGAACUGGACGCUCAGUCCUAGUCAUGCCCGAUUGGCCACUCCCUGACAGGACAACUCACCUAAUGGACCCUACCAUUCUGGACUCGUUCCAGAGUCUACAUGUCGACACUGGCUCACCAACAUGGGGAUAUGGAAAGUGGGUGGCAAUUCUCAUGGAGAUUGCAAUAGAAGUACUUCGCGAGGACAAUACCUGGGAGAAGCUUGUCUCUGCUGUUCACAACAGUCGUCGGCCUGUUCAUGUUGCGUUAGACACUGGUUCUUCCACGUCUAUGCUGCCGACUGACAUGCUGUCAGCACUUGCUUCGGGUAUCAGCACUAACAAGGAGCUCGUAAAGGAUGCUCUGAAUUCCCUGAAGCCGGCAUAUACAGUAAAAUCCACCGUUAACACCGCCAGAAACAACAUCCGCGUUCGGUACUACUUCCAAGGUCGAGAUGGCGCCCCGGAGGUCGAAGUGGUCAGUCACGGUGAACACGCCCUCUGGCAUGAACACACGAAGGAAGGCGUCAUCUGGCCGACGGAGGAUUACUUCAAGGCCAUUCCUAGACAUGGAUUUGGAACAGGAGAGGAUGCAGGGCUUUUCGGAAUUCAAUUCUUCAAGACAAUGAUCAUUGGCCUUCAUACUGGUCAAGGCAGUGCGCCUUUCAUUCGGAUGAAGGAAAUGACGCCGUGGAACCAUAACAUUACGGAGUGA